CAGGCACAUAAGGAAGGCAAGCCUCAGAAACUGCUGGAAAUGAAUGAGCAUACACUGGUGCCGCAUUCCUAUGACUAUGACCUCAUUGUCAUUGGUGGGGGCUCAGGUGGUCUGGCAGCUGCCAAGGAGGCUGCCAAAUAUGAAAAGAAAGUGAUGGUGCUGGACUUUGUCAUGCCUACACCUCUGGGACAGUCAUGGGGUCUUGGAGGAACUUGUGUAAACGUGGGCUGUAUACCUAAAAAACUGAUGCACCAGGCAGCUUUACUGGGACAAGCCUUGCAAGACUCACGCAAGUUUGGAUGGCAGUUUACAGAAGAAGUCAAACACAACUGGAUGACUAUGACAGAAUCUGUUCAGAAUUACAUUGGUUCACUGAACUGGGGCUAUCGGGUUGCACUGAGAGAGAAGAAUGUCACGUAUGAGAAUGCGUAUGGAGAAUUUGUCGGGCCACACACAGUUAAGGCAACAAAUAAGAGAGGAGUUGAGAAGCUGUACACGGCCGAGAGAUUUCUCAUUGCCACUGGUGAACGACCACGCUACCUGGGUAUACCUGGAGACAAGGAAUACUGCAUUAGCAGUGAUGAUCUUUUCUCUCUGCCUUACUGUCCAGGGAAAACCCUGGUGGUUGGAGCUUCCUAUGUUGCCUUGGAAUGCGCAGGAUUUCUUGCUGGUCUUGGAUUAGAUGUCACUGUAAUGGUGAGAUCCAUUCUUUUAAGAGGAUUUGACCAGGAUAUUGCAAACAAAAUUGGUGAAUAUAUGGAAGAACAUGGAAUCAACUUUAUUAGGGAGUUUGUGCCAAUCAAGGUUGAGCAGAUUGAGGAAGGAACUCCUGGAAGAUUGAGAGUUACAGCCAAGUCCACAAUGGGGGACCAAAUAAUUGAAGGGGAAUACAAUACUGUGUUGCUAGCGAUUGGAAGAGAUGCAUGCACAAGGAAAAUUGGUUUGGACAAAGUUGGAGUGAAGAUCAAUGAAAAAACAGGAAAAAUUCCUGUCAACGAUGAGGAGCAAACAAAUGUGCCGUAUAUCUAUGCUGUUGGAGAUAUACUGCAGGACAAGCUGGAACUCACACCAGUGGCAAUCCAGGCGGGAAGAUUAUUAGUUCAAAGGCUUUAUGCUGGGACAACCACUAAGUGUGACUACGUGAAUGUUCCAACCACUGUAUUCACUCCUUUGGAGUAUGGAGCCUGUGGGUAUUCCGAAGAGACGGCGGUGGAGAAGUUUGGGGAGGAAAAUAUUGAGGUGUACCAUAGUCAUUUCUGGCCGCUGGAAUGGACUGUGCCAUCCAGAGACAACAACAAAUGCUACGCAAAGAUAAUUUGCAACAUCCAAGAUAACGAGAGAGUCAUCGGUUUCCACGUCCUCGGUCCAAAUGCUGGAGAAGUCACCCAAGGGUUUGCAGCCGCUAUUAAAUGCGGGAUGACAAAAGAACAGCUGGACAGCACCAUAGGAAUUCAUCCCGUCUGCGCAGAGGUAUUCACCACUCUGUCCGUGACGAAGCGCUCCGGUGAAAAUAUCCUCCUGUCUGGAUGCUGAGGUUAAAGACCCCCAUUCUUGCUGUUGCCAGAGACUGACGUUCCUCG